AUGUAUUCAAUAGACAGAGUAAGCGUGGGCCUUAGUAUGGAUUGCAUCGGUAUGAGAUAUGGUGUAAACGAGCACGAACCGUACUAUGGAGUACGUACCUUGCUACAAUUUUGUACAGAGGGUAGAGGGAUUCGUACCAAUGAGACAAUAAAACUUUGUAAUGCAGAAAAUCUUGGUAUGUGA